GUAUUUCUACCGGUCAAUACCGGCGUACUGAAUGCGCUUUGUGAUUUGUAAAUCGAAAGUAGACAACCUUUGUAAAGUCCCAACUUUACGGUGGAAAUUCCAUUUAUUCAUGUUUUGGUUUUGAUACAUUCCCGAGUGGUCGUUUACCUAUGUUCGCUAGUUGAUAACCACAACCAUUGGAAGAUUAUUGCCAAAAACAGCUGAUUCAACUGUAAUAAUGGAACAACAGGAUAUCCUUGCUAUUGGCUUCAUUGUUGGUUGUAUUUUUGGUUUGAUGUGUGUUGUUGGUGUCAUCACGGUGGCUAUUAUCGAGUGUUUGAAAGAAUGUUGUGACGGAUACGAGAAAACGACAGUUGAUUACUCAUUACUUUCUGUGGUAGUUGAUGAUAGUUACAGUAGCAAAAAUAACAACGCUUACUAUGAUCAAGAAACAACAUAUAUGAUGAGUGAAACAAACUCCUGCGAUUUCUGUGGGGACGAUUUCAUUGAUUCUUUUCACCUCGAUAACCACCACAGAACUACGCAUUUUGCAAUGUGCAGACUAGAGAAAUACAAGCAAGUGCGACUGGCUGACAGCGCGAAAGAUUCAAUAAAAGCUAAGUGUGAACAAGCUAGAUUACACAUGGAUAGAUAUCACAAAUGCAAAGAUGCAGUUAUGGAAGUCCUUGAAAAUAUGCUUACACACAGUAGCAAUAGGGGUCGGUUUUGUAAAUUACCAGACAGAGAAGGGUCCACUAAGACAGGACUUAAAACCAGAAAACCGGUGGAAUUCGACUUCAGCGUAGAGGUAUUGCUGCAUGAAACACCAGAUUUUAUUUUUGGGGUUGAAGCUAAACACGAAGUUAAUGGCAGGUACGAUAUCUCGUAUAACAAGAACGUUCCACCAUGUUCUGCACAAAUUAGACUGAAGCCUGAAGAUGUUCAACGAUUCAAUGAGUGUUGUACUUUUGGGAUAUUGUCACCGUCCGCAUUAAAAAGAGCGUUCCACAAAUACAUGAAACGUGCAAGAAUUGUUGGAAUAUAUGGAGUAAAAGUUAGUGUUCCUAAACUACAAAAUGGUCCGGCUGUCAGACUUGUCAUCAAACAUCAUGAUAUCCCUCAUGAAAUCGACGUUGACGUGACACCAAAGAUAAUAAUACCAUUCACGCAUGAAAGUCGUGGAUUUAACUGGCCACGUGGCAGCACUUACGAGUUCUUGACGGAAAAAGAUAUAUGGUAUAUAAAAAAUCAGCCGCUUUAUCUUGUUCCAAAGAAGGAUACAUUCUGGUCAGUAUCGUUUGCGAAUUAUGAAAGUGCGGUCCUUAACAUGUUUCCAAACACUUCUACUGAAAAGAACAUUCUACGCUGUGCGAAAGUGAGGCUAGAAGCAUGGCGGACUCAAUCGCCGACAGAAAUGAAGUUAAUCAGCUCUUACAUUUUAAAGGAAGCAUUUUUCUGGUUGAGGGAGAACUUGCCGGACGACUAUCUUUGGACGCAUGACAAGUGUGCAGACAGAUAUUGCAAUUUCCUCGAGGAGUUAAAGUUUUGUUUUAUGCACAAACAUCUGUUCGACUACUUUUUUCCCACCACUGACCUCCUGGCUGGUAAAGAAAACUCGCGGUCUAUGAUGAUACAAUAUCUCGAUCGAGAAUUAGCAUGGAUACAGACAAAUGAUUCUGUUGUGAACACCCUUUACUACGAUUAAAACAAUUAUGCAAUAAAUAUUGACUAGAACUAAGAGAGGAAAAUAAUACAGAUAAACCAUUAAAAAGUGUUAUUCACAUGAUAAUGGUACACUUGAAAUAAACAUUGGAAUUGACGGUCAUUAAGAUGUUACGUGGACAAGGUUUUAUUCAAAUGAUAAAAGUACACCGGAAAUAAACAUUGUGCUAAAAUGUAGAAUGUGCUGUCUAUAAGAUGUUCCAUGAACAAGGUUUCAUUCAAAUGGUAAAGUACACAUGAAAUAGACAUAGUGCUAAAUUAGAAUGUCGACCGUUAAGAUGUUCAACAUGGUUAAAUGUUCCAUGAACAAGGAUUAAUUCAAAUGAUAAAGGUACACAUGAAAUAAACAUUGGAAUUGACGGCCAUUUACAUAUUCUGUGAACAAGGUUUUAUUCGCAUGAUAAUGGUACACCUGAAAUCAUCAUUGGAAUGGACGGUCUUUAAGAUAUUCCGCGAACAUGAUUUUAUUCAAAAUUAAACAUUGUGCUAAAUUAGAAUGGACGGUCAUUCAUCAUGAAGAGGGUGUCGUUCAAACGAUACAGGUACACCAGAAAUAAACAUUGUGCUAAAUUAGAAUGGACGGUCAUUCACCAAGAAGAAGGUGUCAUUCAAAAGAUACAGGUACACCAGAAAUAAACAUUGUGCUACAAGGCGGUUAUCAUGAUGAUCUAUGAAGAGUUCAUUGAAAUGAUAAAUGCACACCUGAGAUAAACAUUGUGCUUAAAGCAGUAUAGUUGGUUACUAAGACGAUCCAUGGAGAUGUCAUUCAAGUGAUAAAUGUUCGCCCGAAAUAAACAUAUCCAUGAAGAUGUACACCUGAGAUAAACAUUGUGCUACAAGUAGAAUGGAUACAUUAAGCACUGUAUUGAAAAGUAGAAUGGGCGGUUAUGAGACGAUUAACGAAGAAGAUGUAAUUUAAAUGAUAAAGAUACACCUGAAAUCACCAAAAUACGAUUCACAUUGAAAUAAACACAGAGGUCGAAAUUCUUACAAGAAUGAAUGGUCAUCAGGAUAAUUGAUGGAUAAUUGUUUUGACGAAGCUGCCUGAAAAUUGGAAAUUUUAGUCUUAUUAUUAUAUGGAGUGCCAUGUUUGUAUUUAUUCAUAAAACAUGUUUUCUGCAAUUCAUUUUAUGUGGUAUCAUUUUGUCACACCAUUAAUGCUUUUCAUGGAUAUAACAUGUCGAAAAUCAUCUUUCGAUAUAAUUAUUAUGUCUCCCACCACACAGUGGUGUGGGAAACAUAUUGAUUUACUCCUGUCAGUGUGUGUGUGUGUGUCUGUCUGUCACAAAUCUUGUCCGCACUCUAAGUCGAACAUUUCUCAUCCGAUCUUCACCAAACUUCAUUAAAAUGUGUUUGCCAAUAAGUCCUCGGCUAAAUUCGAUAACUAGCCAAAUCGACUCAGGCACUUCGGAAUUAUGGCCCUUGAAACUUGUUUUUGAUAAUCAAAUCACUGACAGUCUGAUAAGGCAGUUGUGGGAGACAUGCGCUUUUCUCAAAAGCACCUCUAGUUUUUUAGAUAUCAUUAAAUAUAGAUAUGUAUAAAACGUUUUAUUAUAUAUAUUUUUGUUAUGAUUCUUUGAAGAAAAUACCCAAUGAUUACGCAUCACAAAUAGAAUAAUCUUUUAUUUGGGAGAGAUAUUAUGUACAAUGCCAUUCGUGCAGAUCCACUGGGAAUAGCUAUUUUUCCAAAAACGUUCUAUAUAGACAUUGUAAAAUAUAGCAGUUUUGAUAUAAUUAAAAAAAAAAGGUGUACCUACAUUAAACAGAUCUAAGUUCAGAAAAAGAAUUAAGCCACAGUAAACGAGGGUUUGACCGGCUGUCUCUUCUUUAUAUUAAACCAUAUUACACACAGUAGUUUCUAAUUGGUCAAAAAGGCAAAAAUUAACCUAUUAAAUUGGUAAUUUUAGUAUUUUCUAAAUGUAUCACACUAUCAAAUUUUACAUGAAUCGGCUAUGUUGUGUCUCUUUAUUAUAUCAUUUUUUCCAUGUCUUUCACUUUAUCAAUAUUCACCAAUAAACUGAGGAACUAUA